CACGGUCUGGUUUUCAUCUUCACGGUCGGUUGGUCGUGAUAAUAUUGCUCGUAUAGCAGGAACCAAAAAUGGAAAAUGGAAACGACGAUGUCAAAGGCCAACUCAGUAUCCAUGGCUCCUCUGAGUUUUGACUGGGCCUAAGCGGGUUUGACUAAUCCGAGCUAUUCAUUGAACGGGUGUUCAUCACUGGUUUUUACUCCAAGUCUUGGUCAAUCCGGGCUAGGUUGUGCAUGUUUCAGAUUCUAGCAUGUGAUAUUUUCCUUGUGAGCGUAAGUCGAACGAUAGGGUGCGAAAGUCGAUCGAAAGGAGCAAAAAGGGGAAGAUCAAGGUUCGAGCACUACAGAAAAAUACAACUUCGACCACGGGAUCAUUUUGUUACGGGUAUACUCCCAUGAUUAAACGUGAACGGUGUGAUAGUCCCAUAACUGUAGCGGUUAAAUAAUAAUUCGGGUAAGCUUCCCGCGCGAAAUCUAAUUCGCGGUAUCUACCUGAAAAUUUUAGUGCCCCGCGCUGAAAAAUUUCUAGGUGCGCAAGCAGAGUAGAGGCCAGAAAGCCUUUCCUGCCGAGCCCGGGCUCUCUCUACCCCCAUCCGAUCUGUUUCACUCUCUUCUCCCCUCUGAACUGAUUCUCCCGAGGUUUCUGCAUCAGCUUCACGCCGCAACUAAGCACCCCUCCAAACCCUUUCUCCAUGCCUCCAUCUUCGCUUUCCCAACUUUUCGAUACCCAAACCCCUCUACAUCUCUCGGUCUCACCCCAGAUCCCUGUUUCUAGCUUCAAUCUCAACGCGAUUCACCAACUCCGCCGCUUCACAUCUUUUCGUGGGCUUAGUGAAGGAAGAAGACGUGAAAGCAUGCCUUCUCUAGUUCUCUCAAUCUCCUCUCCACGAAAAGUGACUGGAUUUGCAACAUUGACCUCCACCACCCCCAAUCCCAAUUCCUCUCGUUGCAGUUGUUAGCUCUGCCUCGGGGACUGGGAACAGGAAACUGCUCGUGCUUCCUACUCGCCACUUCAAUCUGCCUCAAGGGCUCCAACAACCAUCGAUCAUCACCACUAUCCCCGCCGCCUAGAAUUUCAUCCGAGUCCAACGACAUAUAGGCAGUGAGCACGCUCAGCUCGGAGAGGCAGGUAGGGAUUUUCAUUUCAUUUCAUUUCAUUUUUAGUCAUUGAUCUUCUCUCUCUCGCACAUCUCACCAAACAAUAAGUAGCUAGCUAUAUAUGACUGCCACUGCUCUAGAUUUUAUGAUGCGUCUACUGAAUGAUUCGCUCUGGUUUUGCAUUCAAUUAGGUUUUAAUGGUAUCAUUGUCCUCCUCCGAUUCACCCAUCCAUUCCCUAUCGCUAAAGCCCUUCUCCAAUUUGACCAUUCACCAUCAUUAAGAGACUAGUGAAUCCCAGUUCGGUUUCGAGGGCAGGGAAAGAUUUUGAAACCAUCCCAUUGGCAAUAGGAUCAAGGAUAGUAUUGGGAAGGCAUUGGUUUGGUACGGUGCAAGCAGAUCGAGCUCGGGAAGCUAAGAGAAGAUGCCCACCACACCACUAAGUUGCUCAUCUCCAGGUAUGCUGGCCGUCAUAUCCCCCAUUCGCCCUCUCCAUUUAUUCAUUUAUCGAGAGCGCAAAACCAUAGCUAGAUUAUGCUUCCUACUGACUCUAUCUCUUUUCAAUCAGGUCAAUCCCCUGUUUUGAGAUUCAUUUUACACCUGCUGAAAAUCUUCUUGCCUCUAUCACAUUCAUCUUCGAUUUGGUUUUUGGUUCCCUAGUCAUAGUCCAGCUACCAAUGCAGUCAAAAGCGCGAUUCUACUUAGAAGCGGAAAAGGGGUAAAAUCAUAAAGCGUAGAAUCAAAGCGUAAAGCGUAAGUUUUUGAAGCAUACUGAAAAAUAACUAAAAAGGCUAGGACAUAUACUAUGUAAAAUAUGAAUGCACGGAAUUUAGAUAAGUUAAUAAAUACAUGCAAUUCAUGCCUCAAGUAGAGCAACUUGUAGCAUCUUAAUAAUAAGUUCGUAAACAUAAAUUUUAACAAUAAGCCAUUUCUUCCUCUAUGCUAAUGCAUUCGGGAAGAGCCUAGUUGGUGAAUUAGAUUACUCUAUUAAAGUUGAGAAUGUAUCCAAGUACAUGAUAUGUAUCUUUUAAUCUAAAAAAUGUAUCAUAUUGUUGGUGAUUUACUUUUAAAAUAUACUUUUAUAAUUAAUUUCAUGAAAAGAAUACUCAUUUAGUGGACUAAAAGCGUAAAAACGUAAAGCGUUUUGGUGAACUAGAAGCGUAAAAGCGUAAGCUUUUAAGCUUUAAAGCGCAAUUUAGUCCGAUUUUAUACACUUAAGUUUUUAUAUGGAAACGAAAGUGUUUUGGUGACCUAAAAAUGUAAAAUCGUAAGUUUUUAAGUUUUAAAACGCGAUUUUGACUGCAUUGCCAGCUACUAGCCAUCACUAACGACCUAAUCUUAACAAUUAAAGGUAUGCUCAUUGACCUUAUCCUUAUGACCGACUUUGAUCAAAAUAGAACAUGGUUGGUGUAGUGUUCGUGCUAAUUAUAUUGUUGACGGUUGUUGUAAAUGGGUGAUACUGCCUUUGACAAAAUAGCAGGUGAGUUUGCAGUUGUCUUUGUUUCUCUUCCGAGUCAACAGAAUCCAAGAGUUAGAGCCAUGGGUAAUAACGCUUUUGUUUGUUAUAGGUGGAAUCUACCCUCGCAAUGCAAAACCUUGUACCCAAGAUAGAAGCAAUUCAAUUAUCAUAUGCUGGCAAUCAGGUGAGAGGCAUUUUCUGUUGAAUCAUGUUUCAUCCACCGAGCAUGCCUUGCCAAAUAUAAAUUGGCCUUUUGUAUGGUGUUCCAUGCUGUAGGAAAGAAUACAACUUGAGACAUCACUUUAAUACAGGCAAGUUGGGGUUUAUCCAUCAGCGGGUAUUGACCUUCAGUUAACUUUUUUUUCCCCCCCUGUUACAGGACUAGUUUGCUUGUGUUUCUGGACUACUCAAUGGGAAUCAUGAACUAGAAUAUGCAGGUUAUUGAAAUAAACUCUAGCGAGUUUGUAACCGAGGGGAGCCUAUUAGUUCAACUUUUGACAGUUUUAGCUUCUUCACCUGUUUGCCCCUUUCAUUGGCUUUGACAUUAAAUUGAUUGCUUUUCUGUUUGUAGAUGUGUGGAGAGGAAGUAUCUUGAUUCGGAUGAGAUGACACCAGAUGUCAUAGUAUCUUUAGUUUGGAGCAUGAUAGAGUUCAAUCUAAGUGAGGUAACCGUCCAAAGAUUUUACUCUCCGUUCUCUCUUUUAUUUGAUCAUGAUAUGUUGAUCUAUGGAUAUGUGGAGACUUUUGAGGACAUCACCUACUCUAGAUUAUUUUGUUUCCACGGAUGCUUUUGUAAAUGGUUUCGAUCAAGUGAUAUGAUCAAUUAGUUUGAUUAAUUCACAUGGUUAGAAUGUUGCAAGAACUAAUUAGCUCUCUCAUAGGUGUGUAAUAAUGACCAAACUGAAUGAUCUUGUGAAUUCUGUGUUGUGUUUAUUAUUCAACAGAUGGAAUUUAUACACUUGAGCUAGAAUACAUAAUCAGAACGUGUAAAGAGGUUGGAGAGAUUUAAGGUAACAGAUAGAGAGUGGGGAAUCAGCUGCUAUUGUAACGGGAAGAAGCAACAACUUUAGCUAACAAGCAGCUGCAGACUCGGUCAGCCUUAUCAUGCCCCCGCAAGUUGAUGGUCAAUGGCCUUCAACUUAUUACGAAAGUGAUGAAAGCGAUGGCGAGGCAAUGGUUUGGUGAGCAAGUCCGCAAUUUGAUCAUCGGUGGAUAUGUAGCGCACGAGCAGUUGACGGGCAGCUACACGUUCGCGGACAAAGUGGAAGUCGAUCUCCAUGUGUUUGCUGCGGGCAUGGAAAACUGGAUUUGCCGUAAUAUAAGUUGCCCCAAGGUUGUCACACCAGAGUUUUGGAGGCGAUGUCUGUGGGCAGCCAAUUUCCGUGAGCAAGGACUGUAUCCAAAUGAUUUCUGCAGCAAGAGUGGCGAGAGCCUUGUACUCAGCUUCAGUCGAGGAUCGGGCAACCGUGCGUUGCUUGCGGGACGACCAAGAAAUUAAGUGGGAGCCAAGGUAGACGGCGUAGCCAGUAGUCGAGCGACGAUCAGAGACACGUUGGCCCACGCAGCGUCAGAGUAGCCGGAGAGCUGCAAAGAGGAGUGACUGCUGAAAAAUAGACCAUGGUGAGUAGU